AUGCGCUUCUUUUGUUUGAAUAAGGUAGCUGGGGAGAACGGAGUCACCGUCUGUAGACGCUCUGUAGUGCACUACAGUACCUCACCCAUCCCGCCCCUCCGCCGUGGCUGUGCCGGAGUUAAAAACUAUCUAAAACAAUGCGCAUGCACAUUAGCGUUCGCAAUGUUGCUGCACUUGGGUCAUGCAUUAAAAGGGCUAAAUUCACGGCAAUGCGUGCUGAUCUCCAAAGCAGUGUGUGUCCAGCAGCUGCACAGUAGCAGCAGCAGCAGCAGCGAUGGGCUUACAGACAGCUGCCAUGAUGGCCUUUACCCUGAACACAUCCACACCACUCCCAUCCAGAAAGCCCUGUUGGCUGUUGGGUCAGGUGUGGUUGCACUACAAAACCCCUACAGACAUGAUAUGGUCGCGGUGCUCGGGGAGACGACAGGACAUCUAGCAUUGAUAAAUCUCAGGGACAGAAUGAGAAACGAUCCCGAAGGUUACAUUGUCUUAACAGAAAGGCCCAGGAUCCGGCUGUCUACCCUUGAUCUGAGCACGAUGGUGUCCCUGCCUGACGGCUCUUUUGGGAGGGAAUACCUCCGUUUUCUGGAGGACAAUCACGUGACCCCGGACUCAAGGGCAGAUGUGAAGUUUGUGGACGAUGAAGAGCUGGCUUACGUCAUGCAGAGAUACAGAGAAGUCCAUGAUUUGCUUCAUACCUUGCUGGGCAUGCCCACUAACAUGUUGGGUGAGGUGGCAGUGAAAUGGUUUGAAGCUGCUCAGACUGGGCUUCCAAUGUGUGCUCUUGGAGCCGUUUUGGGACCACUUCGGCUGAAUGCAAGACGUUUACAGUCACUGUUCACUUCCUUGGGUCCGUGGGCUCUGAGGAACGGGCGGCGGUCCCGCUGUGUCCUCAGUAUCUUCUACGAGAGGCGAUGGGAGCAGAGCCUCGAAGAGCUCCGACAAGAGCUCAACAUAGAGCCCCCUCCCGUCACACUCAGCGCCACCAACAAGAGGAGCACGUGAGGAAAAACAGGAAAAAAAGGAUGAAUGAUUCAGGAAACACAGGACAAAUUAGCUUUAAAAGUCAACAAACCAGAAAUAUUUCCAGUCUUACUGGAAUUUUGUAUGUAAUUUUGAGAAGGAAAUUAUUCAUCACUAAGCAAAUGGAGGGGAAGUUUCACUUCACCCUUGGCAAACUUUGGCUUGUCCCUUCUUGCAUCCUGAAUGUAUCUUCCUUCAUGAUAAGCCAAGUUUUGCUUUGAAAUGUGAUUCAGAGUGAAGUAAUUUCAGCUGUUGAAAUUUUCAGGUUUUUAUGUUGUUGAGAGUGUAGCGGAGUGUGUGUGUGUGUGUGUGUUUGUAUGGAAGACAAAAAUAAUUUUAAAAAACUGAACAACAAAUGUUAUUAAAUAUUCGCUGAUACUGUUUGUCGUGUUUGUGACCAGUUCUUUAAUUUAAUCCAGUUGUUAAAUUAUCGAGGAGCAGUACGGCUGCAGGUGCACGAUACAAGCAUUUAUGGUUGAGCAGAAGUAGGUUGAUGCAGCUGCUUCUGCUAUCUUUUGACUCACUCUUUUACUGCUUGCUGUGUUCUGUAAAUAUGUGUUUCAUUUCUACAGAAAUAAUGAUGUCAACAGGAAACCAAACUGUGUACCCUUUUUGGCAGCUGUAAAUAACAUUUCCACUUAAGAA